AUGAAACGAGGCAAAGCAGUAAGCGUGUACAUCUCCCUAGGGACAUGCCAUUUGCUGAGGAAACAGGACGUCUGCCUCUAUGAUUUGGAUGCCAAUCGCACGCCUUCUACGUUCCUCCCUGUCGAGCUCCAAGAUCAAUCCACCAACGGCGUCUUGCGAGCAUGUCCAGGACCAAUUCCACCCGCCUUGGGUGUUGUGCCCAGUGAGUUCAAGCCAUUGGGCUAUGGCGACAGCACAAAAGGAACACCAGGAGUCCUCCGUAGUGUGGGGGAGUCUGCAAGUCUUUUGUAUCAACCCCCGCCCAGGGACUGUCCUGCGCCUAGCGAAUACGUGAGCAUGAUUCGAGAACUCCCGUCUCAAAGACACAUAGACAUUCUCGUGCAUGACUUCUUCAGAAAUGUAGCAUGGCAUUACGAUAUCGUCGACGAAGCUGCUUUUAUGAACCAACUUGCUCAAUGGCGCCGCCUGACGCAUGAUCAAUUCAAAAGAGGACCUGACGCCUUACCGACCACCCUCCGAUCUUUCCCUGCUCUGCUCUUCCAGGUUCUAGCACAGACCCUGCUUUUUCAACCCGCACAGCAUAUUGAGACCCUGAACGACCUGAAGUAUGCUGUUGAUAUGGAGUUAUCUGAUCGGGCAGCAGAAUACAGUGAUGCAGGUCGUCGACUCGCUUCAUCUUUCAGAAAGAGCGAGCCCACGCUCACGGGAGUCCAGGCUGAACUCAUGCGAGCCUGUUUUGAAAAGUCCACAGGGGCAGUAAUCGAGGCAUGGCACACGCUCGGAACUGCUAUCCGUGACGCCCAAGAACUCGGUUUGCAUCUGACAGAACCAGAUUCCACGACAUACUCGAGAUCCGCAAAGUCAUCAGAUCGCGAAAUGGGCCGUAACGUCUGGCUUAUCCUUCACUUAUGGGAUGCUCAUAUGGGCAUAGUACUCGGAAGGCCCAUGUCGACAAGAAUUAGUCCCAACGAUGUGGCCUCGCCAAUGUCUUCAAGAGACAGCUCUGGAAACCAAAGGCCACCGCAACCUCGCGACGUCAUCUUGUGCGGCUAUCACACGGCUUACAAAUUCUUACAGGAGAUUCACGAUCUCGAGAAAUUAGAGGACUGGCGUAUCCCAGUUGACAAAAUCCACGAAACUAUUCUUACUAAUAUUGCGAACCUUCCCGGAUGGGCGACAGUCCAGAGGUCUCGCCAGGGGGAACCUCCUUGGCUUUCUGCGGCCUUGGAAACAAUGUACACCAACGUGCAAUUUGUCGUCUUUGCUUUGCAUCGACCGUUCAUCUUUGCAGAACCGAACAGCCGCCACAAGGCCUUUGACGCAGCGAUGCAAAUCUUGGAAUCUCAAGGUCGUCUAUUCGACCAGACAGAACCGUUGCAGUACAAAGCUUUUAGUUUGGUGUUCGCGACGUUUGACGCGAUGGUGCUUGUUGCAGCGGUGCAUAUUCGCUUUCCGGAUGAACUACGGGAACAGUUCACAGCGACCAGGAGGAUUCUCGAGUUGGGCAUUGAGAGACUCAAGUCUUUGCAGGCGAGGAAAAAUGUUCUUGCCAAUUCCGCACUCAGUAUUGUUGAACGGCUGUAUCAAAAAAUGCUUGCGACUGUGUAUCCGGAGGAAACCUUGGACAACGGCCAGGGAGGUAAUGAUGAUGGAAGCUUUACAAUAAUGGAGACUGAGACGGUGGGAGCGAAUUGGGGCACCAUUCUACAACCUGACCUUGGAGAUGUAUUGGUUCCUCAACCGAUGAACGAACUAUUACGCAGCGGGUAUCUCGCUCAGUCGCUGAGCACAAGUCCUUCAUUACCAGCAGCUUAUGGGCAAGACCAGUUCGGGAUGAGCAUUAUGGGCAGUUUUGGAUAUGAUUCAAUGCCUUAUAACAUCACAGAUGAUACAUUGCAUGGCGCCAAGUAG